AUGACAUCUGAAACCUCUCCUUUAAUAGGGAUUCCUACCUAUAAGCGGAAACGUCCUUUGUUUAUUGCUGCACUGGUGGUUGCAGGUCUUCUCCUUGUAUUACAAAUCAAGUUUUCCGACACUCACAAAUACCCGCCACCACCAAAAAUUCCCGCUCACAUUCCAUUUAUUGGCGGACCAACAUGGCAGGUAAACAAUAAUGAUACGGUAGUAGCCACACACGGGGCGGUUGCUUCUGAUCUAGAACGAUGCUCAGACCUUGGUGUUAGCAUCCUUCAAAAGGGAGGGUCUGCAGCAGAUGCCGCCGUCACCACAUGCCUCUGUAUCGGUGCAUUAGAUACUAUGUUCUCUUCGGGAAUUGGCGGCGGUGCAUUCAUUACCUCAAAGUUAGCGGGUACCGACACAGAUGCCAUCUCCAUAGAUGCCCGUGAGAUGGCCCCCGCCGCGGCCUCCCGCGACAUGUUUCAGGGUCGCGAGAUAGCUUCCAAGUACGGAGGCCUCGCAGUGGCCAUCCCCGGAGAGUUACGCGGUCUCUACACUUUAUAUAAGGAGCACGGCUCGGGCAAUUUGACAUGGCCUGAAUUGAUCACCCCAGUGGCCGACAUUGUGCGUCACGGAUGGAAAGUGUCCAAGCAUCUCGCCCUGGCGUUUGAGAUACAGGAGCCUGCCAUUCGAUUCUACAGAAAGGACUGGCAGUUUGCAUUCAACAGCAACGGGAAAUUGAAACAGGCCGGCGAUUGGAUUUCGCGGCCCGCUCUCGCGGACACCUUAGAUGCCGUCGCCCGCAACGGAUCGGACGCCAUUUUCUACGAUCCGAACGGCCGCAUCGCUCAGUCUCUCGCGGCGAAGACCCGCGAAACAAGCGGAAUUCUCACCGCAGAAGACUUCUCAUUUUAUAGGGCAGUUGUCGAGCCCGCGGUGGCUUUUAAGGGGUUUUCGUCGCGAAACUUGACAGUUUACACGGCCAACGGGUCUUCGUCCGGUGUGGCAUUACUAGCUGGAUUGGCGCUUGCAGACGGAUUCGAUGAAGUUAAUGGCACAGAUUUCGAAGCAGUUCCCACGCAAAGACUGGUGGAAUCAAUGAAAUGGCUUGCCAGUGUGCGGACACAUUUAGGAGACGUUGGCGUGUUCAACACCAAUGCGACGGCCCGGCAGGAGCACUGCGAACGGUAUUCGCAGUUUCUCACCACGCAAUGGAUUGGCCGCACGCGGGAAAAAAUCCGCGAUGACCGCACUCUUCCCUCGUGGAAAGACUAUGAGCCGGCGUACCAGGCAAAUGAUCCUCACGGCACCUCGAGCCUCAGCGUGGUAGACUCAUGGAACAACGCGGUCACCAUCACAACCACCGUGAACUUGCUCUUCGGCUCGGUGGUCCAUGACCCUGUUACAGGAAUAAUCUUGAAUAACGAGAUGGACGACUUCUCGAUUCCAACGACACAGAACGCGUUUGAUUUGAGACCCUCUGUUUACAAUUAUAUAGAGCCAUUAAAAAGGCCUCUCUCGUCGUCCGCACAAACCAUCGUUUAUGAUCCUGCGACGGGCCGUGUGGACCUUGUGAUUGGCGCGGCGGGAGGAUCGCGUAUUCCCACGGCGAUUUUGCAAGCACUUAUUCGCAUUUACCACUAUGACAUGAAUAUUACCGACACCAUUGCUUUCCCGCGGUUACACCACCAGCUAAUCCCCGAGGUAUUGUAUGUAGAGGAUCCUUUGAAUACGGAGAUGGUGAAGCAGAUGCAGCUUAGAGGACACACUGUUGAAGAUGUUACACAUAUGACUGCUAUGAACGGGAUUCGGAUUAAGCACGGGAAGCUGUAUGCUCAGAGUGACUACUGGCGGAAAUUAGGAAUUGCCGCAGGGUAUUGA